AUGAGCUCAGCAGAUCGGUGGAAUGAGCUCUGCAAGGAGUUGCUGGAAGUAAUGAGAGAUUCUGCUGCAGUUGGGAGGCAUCGGAUGGAACCUGAUGAGUUGGGUGAUAAAAGCCUUGAAGAAAUAUUGCAACUCCUCCCACCUAAGAAUCUCAUCAUUUCCAUCCUCCUCGGCACCAUUUCAAUUGGAGAAGGCGACGCCUAUGACUUAUUCAAAAUAGAGCAUCAAAUCGAAGCUCUGGAGAAAAUCAUCGAGUGUCUGGAGGAAGAUUUGAAGGGGGAUCCGGAUGGAGACCAAAUCGAGAGAGCCAUCGACACCGCGGAGACACUUUUGGAUUGUGCGAAACACGCGGAAGAAACGGAGAAAAGAGAGGUCAUGUUGGAUAUUUUUUGGGAAGUUGCGGAAGAGUUUGAGCCCACGGAAUAUACGGAUAAUGAAGAAGUAGCGAAGACAGCCGACGAAGACAUGGCGACUCUAGUAAAAGAGGAGAAGGCUACUAAAUUCAAUAUUUGGACAACAAUUUUCUGUAUAUCGGCUGUCGGUGUCUUGGCUUAUUUUAUUUUAUCCGUUUCAUAUGUUCCCAAAAUAUCUGAAAAUCUGAAAAUGGUGGUGGUCUAUGGGGCACCUAGGAAAUCUACUGAGCCAUUGAAAACCCAAGAAAAUUGGGUGGAUUGUCUUCAUAAAUGUUUGGCCACUUGGAAUUGUGUGCUAGUUUCUCAACUACCCGAUGGAUGUGAAUAUUUCAAUUUUGAACAAAUCCAGUCAGUGACUAAACUAGACAAUACUAGUGAUAAUCGAGUGGCUUUUAAGAUAAGCCUCUCUAUAUGUCCUCUAGCCCCCAAAGCUCCGCCCCUUUUCGGGAAUGUCUCAUCUUCUUUGAUUAUAACAGAUGGAUCUGAUAAUUAUUAUAAAUCUGAAAUUACUGAAACAUCGGAUACAUGGAAUUUCAACACCAGUAUACUCAAGUGUCUCACUGAUAUUCCUGAGAACUAUACGCCUUUGGACAACCACGGAGAGCCAUACUGGGUGAAUGUGACCUCACCAUUUGCUCCAGGAGAGACAUUUUUCAUGACAGGGAAGACACCGGCAUAUGGAUAUCGAUUCACAGUUUCUUUUCACCGUAGAGGCAAUGAGUAUGCGAUGCGAAUCCGAAUUUCGAAUGGUUUCGGGAACAAGACAAAUAUACAAAUAUCGACGUGGUUCAACCAGACAACAGAAAUAAAACGAAACGAUAAUCUAGUGAAUCCCUACGCCCCAUUGGAAGAUUUCGAAAUUCGAAUCAAUUCAACGGAUACUGUAGCCAAUAUCUAUAUGAACAGCACUCUGCUACAGUAUACCUUAGAUCCGCGAGUUCCACUCACUAAUAUGAAAUCAAUUGUGGUGAAUAUGGGAGGGUUCACCGGAUUGAAUGUCACUCUAUUUUAUAUUGGAUGGACUGGCGAUUGUUGGAAGUUUGGACACGUGCGUUUCUACAUUUCCGUAAUGGCUAUUGGAAUUAAUACCGGAAGUGAUCUCAAUAAACUGCUCACACUCGAGCAGCAGAUCGAAGCGUUGGGAAAACUCAUCGAGUGUCUGGAAGAAGAUUUGAAGGGGAAUCCGAGUAAUGAAGUCGGAAUCAAGAGAGCCAUCAUGAUAGCCCAAGUAGGUAUCUUAAAAGCGAAUAAAUCAAGGAAUGUCAACGAAAUCGAUUUGUGGAGGGAUAUUAAAAUUGUGGUGGUUGUGUUAGUCAUCGUUUACUUCUUCUAUCCAUGUACAUAA